GCCGAGUUCGUCUCCCCGGGGCGAGUGACGACGCCGCGCCAUCGUCCAAUAGAAAUUUAGUUUGGGGGAAAAUUUGAACGGAGCGGCGAAUUCGUUACCGGGGUUUGUGAGAUCGGUGGAACCCGGUGAGCGUUACGUGGUGAGGGUGAGCGUUACGUGGCUCGGCUGCAGUGAUCAUGAUGGCGAGUGGGCGCGGCACGGGCAGCGGUGGCGUCCAGGCGCACGCCGGGCUGCACAAGAAGCUGGGUCCGGUAGCCGAGCUCCGCGUGCGCCUGGCGCAGGAGAAGGCGGCGGGGAGGCGCGAACGACGCGCCACCAUCCUGUUGGAGCGUCGCCGGGGGUACUCCCCGCUUGCCGAGAGGAGCGAGAACGUGGCCCCCCAAGGAGAGAGCGGCAAGCCUACAGGCGAGCAGAGCUCCCAGCUCCUGCGCAGGGAGCGGCUCGCCAAGUACAAGGAGGAGAAGGAGCUGCGCAGGCGCCAGGCGCAGAGCAAGAAGACGUUUGUGGUGAAGCACGUGAAGGCGAGCCCGCCGCGCUACCUGCUCUCCCUGCCGCCCGGGGUCACCAUCGCCGCGGCGACGCGGCCGCCGGCCGUCGCCAAAACGACGACUACGGCGGCGAAGCGGACCCUGGUGAGCGCCGUCGUCCCCCGUAUCACGACCCGCUCCAUGGCACGGCAGCAGGUGCCGGGGAUGGCGGGCGCACGGCACGAGCCGGCUCCGAGGACGGUUGCUGCCCAAACUAGAAAAGCUGCCCCCAGGGUGGCCGCGCCAGCCCAGGAGGCCAAGCCGGAUGGCAAGGGCCGAACCGUCGCUGGUGCCGGAGUGACUGGCCGUGUGACUCGCUUGAGAGCGAAGGAGGAGACAGUGGCAGCGGUGGCGGCGCCGGCUUCUUUCGCCGCCCGACGCGGGACACGGAUCGCCAUCAAGCUGGACGAGGUUCUUCACGAGGAGCAAGCCGGUGAGGAGGAGUCGGGGGACUGCAGCAAGGCCGGAGAGGAAGCCCAGCUUCAGCCGGGGUUGGCACGCUCCCCCGAGGCGGCCCUCGCAAGUAGCCGGCGCCAGGGCAUGGCGCGCCGCUCCUUCGCCCCCGUCGGCUUCGUGUUCCAAGGCCUGCCGGGCAUGACGACGAUGAUGAUGCCGCCUCCUCGCCUGCAGCCACUCAGCCCCUGCUCCACCUCCUCCUUCCUGGCGCCGGCGAAAAUCGCCGUUUCGCUGAGCUUCAGCCCUAUGCAGCACGGCCCCCCGCCGCCGCGGCGACCCGCCACGCCGAUCGCGUUGGCGGUCAAAGCGGCGGAGGAGGCGUGCGCACCACCGGGACCGGAGGGGCAGGAUGGGGCCCCCGGAGUGGGGGACGACACGGGGGCGCCCUGUUCCACCGGGGGCACCGGGCCCCUCGCCCACGCAGGGGACGUGGUGGCGCCGGUCCCCGCGGCCGCUGUGGUGCCGCCGGAGGCGGUGGGGCCGGCGGGUCGCGGCGAGGAGCUGCACGGAGUGCCGUACUACAGGUACCUCCUGCGGAAGGAGAGCGCCCGCCUGACUCUGCAGUGCGAGAAGUGGGAGCACGUGAACGUCGUGGAGGAGGUCCCCGAAGAAAUGAGCGGGCCCGUGCGCAUCGCGGUGGGGAUGGCGCGGCUGCUGAUGGCCGAGAGGUUCCGCCAGUUCGAGGGCCUGGUGGACGACUGCGACCUGGGCCGGGGAGAGAAGCCCACCACUCUGUGCGACCUCGCCGGCUUCUGGGACAUGGUUUACUUCCAGGUGGAGGACGUGAAUAAAAAGUUUGCAGAGCUGGAAAAUAUGCAGGGCGCAGGCUGGAAAGAGGAUUUGAUCAUGCCGCCCCCGAGGCCUCUCCCCGCCAGGAAGAAGAAGGCGGCGGCGGUGGCGCCGCGCGCCCCGGCCACGCGCAACGACGGCGCCCGGCGCGCCGCUCGCGAGAGGCUCGCCGCGUUCAGGGCCAAGGCGGCGCUCGCACGCGGGGCCAAAGGCGUCGAGGAAUACUGCGUGGAAGCAGGGGCCCCACUACCACCACAGCAGGGGGAGGCCCCAUCACUGCAGCAGGGAGAGGCCCCACCAACACCACAGCAGGGCGAGGCCACAGCACUGCAGCAGGGAGAGGCCCCACCACAGCAGGGGGUGGCCCCACCAUUGCGGAGCCCCACAACACCCAGGGGCCGCAAGAGGUCACGUGGGGGGAGCAUGACCCCCUCCGUGACGGUCGCCUUUGAGGGGGAUACACCGAGGGAGGCGCGGAGACCCCUACGCAAGACCCCGCGCCCUGCUCCCGUGCCCCCCUCGCCCGACACCCCCGACAGCCCCCCCAGGUGCUGUCAGGUGGAACCGAGCCCAGCAGAGUCGCUGGCCUCUGAGAGAGACGUGGAUGAGUUGGAGCUGUCAAUCAGCAAGUACCUGGUGCCGAGCCAAGCGGCGGCCGCUCGCACCCCCGAGCGGCAGCGAGUGGAGGCGCAGCAGCAAGAGGGCGAGGAGGAGGAGGAUGCGGUGACCGGAGGGGAGCUCCUCGUCCCACUGUCCAGCGACCCGGGGCUCCUGUGGUGUGCGGGUGGCUCGCUGCUCACCACUCCCUUCCUCGCCUGCGACUCGCCACUCGCCACGGCCUCACCAGCGCACCUGUUGACGCCCCAGGUGACGGAGGAGCGGGCAACCUCCGACAACCUCAUCGUCUUCACCCCCAACGCCACAGGUGUGCACCACUCCCGGCUUACACGCACACCACCCCCCCCCCCCCUUGUGCCUAAACGUUCAUUGAUUUCACCUGAGCCGAUUGGGCCGGAUUGAUUGCGGAUGGUCAGUGGGGGGGGAGGGGGGGG